AUGGCCGACAUUCCAGGGAAUUACUCUGAUAAAGCAGUGCACGAGAAGUUAUCGAGCGCGGAGAAAGAUGGACAAUGGAGCAUCUCGGAGCAAGAAUUGUACGAUGCCGUCUUCGCUGAGAAUGCGGAGCACCAGCUGGGCGUAUGGGAAGCGGCGAAGAAACAACCAGUCAUGGAGGCUUACGACAUGUUCUUGAAUGGCAAAUUCGUCGCCCUUCCUGCUUUCCAAAAACGGUUUGGAGACCGUUUGCCCAAUGGUAAAUACUCCAUCGAUACGAAAUGGCAGAGCGGGCUGAACCAAGCUGGGCAAUGCGGCGCAUUUAUCGGAUUGUUCCUGGCUGGGCCCAUUACGAACUGGAUCGGCUAUCGCUGGAAUCUCAUCUUUGGCCUGAUCCUGAUGAAUGCGACCAUCUUCGCUGAGUCUGCAUCGAAAACCGUGGCGAACUGCGCUGACAUCUCGCCGAUAAAUGUCGUUGUCCUCAUUCUUUUGGGAGUCUGUGCCACUGUCCCUCAGAACCACUCCACCAGCCUCGCGCAGGCUGCUCUUGUGUUCAUCGGAACGCUCGUCUUCGCUGGAGGCAUUGGACCGGUAUCAUGGACCAUCAUCGCAGAGACCUCUUCCGUCCGUCUUCGGCCUCUGACUACUGGCGUUGGUCGAGCAGCUUACUACGUUGCGGAGAUUCCUCUUAUUUACGUUAACGCUCGUCUCAUCAAUCCCACCGGAUGGAAUCUGGCCGGAAAAUGUGGCUACGUCUGGGGCGCCACUGCGCUCGUAUGUUGGGUCAUCGCAUACUUAUUCUUGCCGGAGAUGAAGCAUCGGUCAUACCGGGAGCUUGACAUCUUGUUCGAACGCGAGGUGCCUGCAAGGCAGUUCAAAUAUACCGUGAUCGAUGUCAAGGAUAACGAAUGA